AGCUUGUGGAUGUGGGAACGUCUGUGGGUCUAUGCUGGUUGCCGGAGUGAAAAUUUUUUUUGACAGUGAGGUGAAGGGGGACCUGUGGGCAGGGACUGAGACGAGAAGUAAGUUUUUCAGCGUGUCGGCGCGCAGUUUCCGAGUCAGCGGGGUUAGGCAGACUUGAGAGCGACAAAUGAAUAGCGCGAGUCUCAGCAACAGGGCGCAGAGCGAAAUGUCUGGGACUGUUUCAGCCUUGAGCAAAGGGAAGCGCCACUAGUACACCGCAACGCGGAAAAAUAUUCAGCGGGGAGAGAAUGCGAAUGGUGCGAAGAUACCGAAAUCAAACGAAAUGGAAACGAUGUAGCGUCGCUGCGGCAUUUCAUAUAGCUAGAACUAACGUUAGAGUAGAGAAUAGAUAGCUAAGGAGCUAGCAGGUUAACUAACAUACAUGUAAAAGUCAUUCCCCAGAGAAGCUGUAGCAGAGCCUGGAGGCGUCUGUUGAAUCUGAAGAGUUCAUCAGUAUUGCGAAAUCAAAGAAGGUAACCGGGAAGAUGCUACGGAGAAGACUGAACCGUUUGCUUGGCGGUGAUGAGAGAAGAGCUGACAGUAGGACUAUCUAUGUUGGUCAUCGGUCUGGCUCCACCAGUGAGGCUAUCAUCCCACCGAAGUUCUGUGAUAACAGGAUUGUGUCCUCCAAGUAUACCGUUUGGAACUUUCUACCAAAGAACCUGUUUGAACAGUUUAGAAGAAUUGCCAAUUUCUACUUCCUUAUCAUCUUCCUGGUGCAGGUGAUAGUGGACACUCCCACCAGCCCAGUCACCAGUGGCCUACCCUUAUUUUUUGUGAUCACAGUAACGGCUAUCAAGCAGGGCUAUGAGGACUGGCUAAGGCACAAGGCUGACAAUGAGGUAAAUAAGUACCCAGUGACAGUGCUAGAGGACGGCCGGAGGAUACAGAAGGAGAGUGAGAAAAUCAAGGUUGGCGAUGUUGUGGAGGUGCAGGAAGAUCAGACCUUUCCCUGUGAUUUGAUACUGCUGCAGUCUAGCCGUGAUGACGGCACAUGCUUUGUUACCACAGCAAGUCUGGAUGGAGAGUCCAACCAUAAAACACAUUACACAGUGCCAGACACAGAGAGGGAUCUGGAAUCUCUCAACACCACCAUUGAGUGUGAACAGCCACAGCCUGACCUUUACAAGUUUGUUGGCCGCAUGCACAUCUACAAAAAUAAUCAGGAGCCUGCAGUGAGGUCUUUGGGCCCCGAAAACCUACUGCUGAAAGGCGCAACUUUAAAGAACACUCAGAAAAUCUGUGGUGUUGCAGUUUACACUGGCAUGGAGACAAAGAUGGCUCUCAACUACCAGGGCAAGUCUCAGAAACGCUCUGCUGUGGAGAAGUCUAUCAAUGCCUUCCUUCUCGUAUACCUUUGCAUACUGGUGAGCAAGGCCCUAGUAUGCACCACACUUAAGUAUGUAUGGCAGAGCAAGCCCGGACAGGAUGAGCCUUGGUACAACGAGAAAACCCAGAGAGAGAAGGACACCAAUCUGUAUCUAAAGAUGUUCACUGACUUCCUGUCCUUCAUGGUGCUCUUCAACUUCAUCAUUCCGGUGUCCAUGUACGUGACGGUUGAGAUGCAAAAGUUUUUGGGAUCCUUUUUCAUCACAUGGGACAAGGACUUCUUUGACCCUGAAAUCAAGGAGGGUGCAUUGGUCAACACCUCAGAUCUCAACGAGGAGCUGGGACAGGUGGAGUAUGUCUUCACAGACAAGACAGGCACUCUCACUCAGAAUAACAUGGAGUUCAUCGAGUGCUGCAUUGACGGCUUCCAGUACAAGUACCGCGACGCCACCUCAGAGUUGGACGGAUUCUGUGUCACAGAUGGACCUGUGAACAAACUACAGCAGAAAGCUGGCAGGGAGAAGGAAGAACUAUUUCUGCGUGCCCUGUGUCUGUGCCACACAGUCCAGGUGAAGGAGUCUACAGAGCAGGGUCAAGGCCUAGGGGACGGACAGACAGACCAGGUGGAUUGCUUAGGGGUGGAUGGAGAGGGGCUCCAUCCACUGCAGGAGCAGAGAGGCUUUAUAGCCUCCUCACCUGAUGAGAUUGCUCUGGUCAAGGGUGCCAUGAGGUAUGGCUUCACAUUUCUGGGUCUUGAAAGUAAAACCAUGAAAAUUCUCAACAGGAACAAUGAUGUUGAAAUGUAUGAACUCCUUCACGUGUUGAACUUUGACCCAGUGAGAAGGCGAAUGAGUGUAAUAGUGAGAUCCAAAUCAGGUGAUACACUCCUCUUCUGUAAGGGAGCAGACUCUUCUAUCUUUCCCCGUGUCAGGCAGGAAGAGGUCGAAAGGAUACGCAUGCAUGUGGAACGUAAUGCAACCGAGGGCUACCGGACACUGUGUGUGGCCUACAAAUAUCUGAGUGCAGAGGAGUACGCCCAGGCAGAUGAAGGAUUGAAGGAAGCUAGACUGGCUCUGCAGGACAGAGAAGAGAAGCUCAUGGCUGUUUAUAACCAAUUGGAGACUGGGAUGAGUUUAAUAGGAGCUACUGCUGUAGAAGAUCGGCUUCAAGAGGAGGCAGCAGAGACCAUGGAGGCUCUCCAGGGGGCAGGUAUUAAGGUUUGGGUCCUAACAGGGGACAAGAUGGAGACGGCAAAGUCCACCUGUUAUGCAUGUAGAUUGUUCCAGAGAAGUACAGAGCUGUUGGAGCUAACAGUGCGCACUCUGGAGGAUGGAAUGAGGAGGCGUGAGGAACGACUGCAUGACCUUUUGAUUGAAUAUCAUAAGAAAGCUGUGCAGGAUUCACCACCAGUUAAAGCAGGCGUCACCAGGAGCUGGUCUUCAGCAAACCAAGACUAUGGUUUUAUUAUAGAUGGAGCCACUCUGUCAAUGGUGCUCAACUCCUCCUCUGAAUCCAACUCUAUUUGCUACAAGAACCUGUUCCUGCAGAUUUGUCAAAACUGCACAACUGUGCUCUGCUGCCGCAUGGCUCCUCUACAAAAGGCACAGAUAGUCAAAAUGGUGAAGAACUCUAAAGGCAGCCCAAUAACUCUUUCCAUUGGAGAUGGUGCCAAUGAUGUCAGCAUGAUUUUGGAAGCUCAUGUAGGCAUUGGUAUUAAGGGUAAAGAGGGUCGCCAGGCGGUGAGGAACAGUGAUUAUGCCAUCCCCAAACUCAAACACCUCAAGAAACUUUUGCUGGCUCAUGGGCAUCUCUACUAUGUUCGCAUUGCACACUUGGUGCAGUAUUUCUUUUACAAGAACCUUUGCUUCAUUUUACCUCAGUUUUUGUACCAGUUCUUCUGUGGCUAUUCCCAGCAACCCCUGUAUGACGCAGCCUAUCUGACGAUGUACAACAUCUGCUUCACCUCUAUGCCCAUCCUGGCUUACAGCCUCUUGGAGCAGCACAUCUGCAUUGAGGUUCUGCUGGACAAUGCUACCCUCUACAGAGCGAUUGCUAAGAAUGCCAUGUUACGGUGGGGACCAUUCCUCUACUGGACGUUACUGGGAGUCUUCCAUGGAUUGCUCUUCUUCUUUGGUGUUCGGUAUCUGUUCAGUAACCCAGCGUUGCAGGACAACGGCCAGGUUUUUGGGAACUGGUCCUAUGGAACAGUUGUCUUCACUGUCCUUGUCUUUACUGUCACACUAAAGCUUGCUCUGGACACAAGGCACUGGACGUGGAUCAACCACUUUGUAAUCUGGGGAUCCCUGGCUUUCUACGUGUUUUUCAGUUUCUUCUGGGGAGGAAUAAUAUGGCCUUUCCUGAGGCAGCAGCGUUUGUACUUUGUGUUUGCCAACAUGCUGAGCUCGGUGUCAGCCUGGCUUGUCAUCAUCUUGCUCAUCAUACUCAGCCUAAUGCCAGAGAUCCUGCUUGUGGUGUUCCGCAAGCCUCGCGGCCCCCACGCCCGACAGAAGCCGAUUCAGUCGAGCGUGGGAGGCCUCCAGUCUCCCCGGUCUUCAGCCAGGCCCCUGCUCAUGAGAACGUUUUCAGAUGAGUCCAAUACUGUCAUUUAAGCAGCUGUCAGAGGGUGGCCUCCUACAAGCAUCCAGAUUGCAGCUGUAACACCACUAUCCUACAAGCACCUGAAGGAGCGUGAAUAAAAGGCAGCAAGGACUCAAAACAACAGUGGCAUCAGCCACAUUCAGGAUCCUGUGCUAGUUGGGUCAGAGCUGAUCGGAGAAGAAGAGGAGGAGGAGGAGGAGGAGAAGAAGAGCAUGAAAAAAAUCAGAAGAAAAAGAGAUGUGCUGCCUGGGGGGGAGGGAUGAAAUGGGGUUUAGCAGUCUUUUGACUUUUGUGUUAUACUCCGUUCUUCUCUGCCCAAGCCCAACAGCUCCUAAACCCCACGCAUGCCUGCAGAGCAGUGCCCUGCAUUAUUUUUAAAAUAUCUACUCAGAUGACAGGCAUGAGUUUCCUUUCUUUGAUUUUUUUUUUUUUUUUUUUAUAAAAUACUGGCUUACAAAUGAAUGCAAACACGGCUGCCUUGUCAGUAGCUCUAUCCAACUGCUGUGUUUUAACAAGCAGUUGUUAUAUCCACUCCAAGAAUGGUUCACCUGCAUGAAAGAAGGCUCAAAAGAACGAUUUACUCCACUGUCACUGUAUUCUGCAACCUUUUUAUUAAGACAUUAUGAUCCUAUUCUCAACGGUUACACUUAAAAAGGUUAUUGUUCUUUACAAUUGUUAUGCUUUCCAACAGUUAUUCUUUAUCAUAACAUGGUUAUCAUAUGUUUUAGAAAAUAUACGCAUCCUCAAAAAUGGUUUCUGGUUUAUAGAUGAUUAUGUGAUUAUUUGUUUCCAAUAGUGAAUCUACAGUCUCCAUUGCAUACUAAAGUAUAAGAGGAGUUAAUGGAGACCAUAUUACCACUCAAUCCAAAAAGUGUGUGUGCGCGUAUGCAAGAUUGAGAGAUAGAUUAGAGAUAUUAAGCAUGUUCUGGCAAUGAAACAUUGCCUGGAGCAUUACCUAAGUCUUCCAACCUCAGAGAUAAUUUAAGAGAGUCCAAUUAAGAUGAGAAAAUUAAUAUAUGUGUUGUAUAUAGCUUAGAGAUGUAUGACAGCACCUGCUCAAAGCCAAAAAGAUGAACGUUAUCCGAUCGGAUUCUGUCCACACUAGUGUGACCUGAGUGGUGUGUGUAUGCGUAUAUUACAUAAGUACAUGCAACUGUACUGGAUAAGAAAAGCCGGAAAUGCCUGUGAAUGAGAAUCAGGAUUACUUGAACCUUGUGGAUGUAGUUGAGUUAGUAAUUUCCUACACUAUUAAGAAAGAUUUUUUCAUUGCCUAGAUGGUCACUAAGGCACAUGAAUAUAUGCCUGAGCUUACACACGCACAUGUCUGAUAGGUGAGACCGUUACACAAAGACUAACCGCACACAUUGUAUACAUUAAUGCACACAUGCACGACAACCUAAAUGAGGUAUUUAUGUUCAUUACCCAUUAUCUAGUUUGCAUAAUUUGUCUCAGUCAGGCUGAUGUUGGAGUGUAAAGAGAACCAACUCCAGACCUGCAGAGUCAACAUAGUUAAUGCUACUGUGAGGCUCCAUGCCUCAUUACCUUCUUUGUGUGUAGUGCUUCAUACAUUCCAUUUAAAUAUACCAUUAUUUCAAACACUUUUAAGAUACUGUUUUGGAACUGUUUUCUGCCACAAACAUGUAUCUUCUAUUUGGCAUAUUUAUUUUUAAGUGUAAUUUUACUCACAAAUGUUAUAUUUUUAUUACAUAAAUCUUUUUUAAUGUGGAGAGUGUUCAGCUUUGUGCCAGUUGAGUUAGCGUGUGUUACUCCAGCCCAAAUGUGAGCCUGUGCCAAUCCCAUUAGAUAGUCUUUGUCAUAUAUACAAAGACAGGCAGCCCCCCACAAACACACUCCCAACAUCCCAAAAUCAACCUCUGAACUAAUAUCACUCCUUUUGCCAGGUGAUCAAAGUCACAUUCACUACUUCACUCAUCUCUGCUCAAACAGUAACUCCAGUACUAUAAAUUUUAGUACUGGCCUUGUAUUUCAUCCCAAUGACUGUAGCCUGACAUAUCUGAUACAGUUCAUCUGCAGAAUGACACAAACAGUCAUAACACCAAGUGCAGUUUUAAAUUAAUGCUUAUUAUUAUUAAUGCUUAUUUGUUCUUAACAACUGAAAAAAUUAAAAUGCAUUUCAGCAUAAAUUUUCUACUAAGCAAGUCUGUUUUUCUGGUGUUAGCAUUGCUGAGGAGGCUGUCCUUUGCUCUGUGACAUGCCAGACUGCACUGUGCCGGAGAUACUGGAUGUAAGAGGGACACAUUGAGAGGGGCUGCCUGCUUUGUUAAAUGAAAAACCUUUAAGUAACAUCAAAGAUGCUAUUUUCUUCUAAUCUAAUGUUUUGCCUGUCUAAUGAAAAGUAUAAAAGAAUGGAUUGUAUUUUUAAUGCAACAUUUUUCCAGCCACUUUUGUAAGAAAAUCAAAAUGUCCAAAAAAAAAGCACGAGAGGCUCUGUGGUUAUGGACGCUGUCCCUGUCUGUAAGGGGCAGAGGUGGACACCUUCAGGCACCUCAGCAGCCCGGCGUCAUACAGCAGGGACACCUCGCCACCUCCAGCCCUUUGGGUCUCCAGCCUGAACACUCCAAACCUCCAAGCUGAAUGUACCUCUUUGAAACUAGUAUAUUCGAAACCUGAAGAUUUUCUGUAAUAAAGCAGAAUGUUUUGAAGAUAAA